GUUUUCAUCCAAUGAAUAAUAAAUCUAAUGCGUAGGGUAUUGAACAACAUGCCGCGCGAGGUGCUGCUGUUCGGGCUGUCGGCUAACCCGCCGACGGGGCCCAGGGGCCACAUGGGCGUGGUGAAACAUUGCCGCGACAUGUACGACGAGAUCUGGUUGCUUCCUGUGUACCAGCACAUUUAUUCGAGCAAGAGGCAGCUCGCGCCGUUCGAGCAUCGCGUGGCGAUGUGUCGAUUGGCUCUCAAGACACUUAGCGAUGAAGACGACGACGGCGCUAAGCUCAAAGUAGUGGAGGAGGAGCGCGAAAUGUUCGAGCAUAUGGCUGCCCAAAGCCACAGUCCAGAGCAACUCCGACUCGGCAGUAUCGAUAUGAUACACUAUCUACUAAACAAGCACGAGGACACGAACUUCACGAUGCUGCUGGGCGGCGACACGUACGCAGAUCUACUGGCUGGCAAGUGGAAGCGUGGGGAUGAACUCAUGCAACUGGUCAAGCUAUUAGUAGUGGACCGUAAAGGGGUCGAUUCUCCUUGGAGGGAUCAACAGACUACUGAGGACCGAGUGACGUGUAUCAACGUGCCGGAACUUAGUGACGUGUCGUCCACGAUGGUUAGAGCCACCGCAGAUCGCGCUGAGCUGGCAAGGCACUUAAGCCCAGCGGUGCUGGACUAUAUCGUCCAGCACAAGCUCUAUGCUUUUGCUACUGAAUAAGGUGGAAAGAUUGAUAGAAGCGUGUUGUUUGCAUUGAACAUUUGUGCCUGGCCGUCCUGAGUGAAUCCUCCCGGCAAUGCGAUCCUCUCUCUCUUGUCUAGCACCGGCAGCGAGCCGCUCCUCGUCUCUUUAUCUGGCAGC